AUGAUUUUCCUCGGCGAGCUGGUCUGCGAGGGGUGCCGGAAGAUCAUCACCUACCCGCUGGGCGCCAUCAGCUGCCGCUGCCGCAACUGCAACACCGUCAACGCGGCGCAGAACAUGCACCUCGAGUGCGGCUGCUGCGGCCAGUCGAUCCUCGUGCCCAUCAACACCCUCACGUUUCUCUGCCCCUGCUGCGCCAGCGUGACGGACAUCCCGCAGUCCCUCCUGCCGCAUCUCGAGGAGCCGGUCGAGUCGGGCCCGCGCGGGGACCAGGCCCGCAAGACAAUCUACGUCACCUACCCGCAGUCCUGCGCGGGGAAGGAGCAGAAGAAGGCGGCGCUGGAGGAACAGGAGGGGGAGGCGAGGGCGAGGACGGGGCGCCAAAAAACCCGCGAAGAGGAGGAGGCGACGGCUGUGGCUGAGGAGGAAGAGACGUCGGCGAACGAGGAGGAGGAGGAGGAUCCACAGCAGCAGCAGCAGCAGCGGCGGCGGCGGCGGCGGCAACGGGAGCAGCCAGCCGUAGUGUUGGUAGGGACGCGAAUACUUUGA